AUACAUCAUCUCGUGGGCUGUGAUAUCGGUUUACGGUUUGUUCUGACGCAACGAACAUGUGCAGAAAGAGAGGCAGACUAGGCUUGGCGGCCCUACUAGGAAUAUUGUUAUGCUUCUCCCGCUACAAAACCCUGGCCACCGUUGUUCCUGAGCAUGAUGCUAGCUACCUGCCCCAGUUGCCCUCUAUACAGGAUCUGAUGGCCAUGGUACCUGAUCGUCCCUUCCACACCCUGGCAGACGUGGACGCCUUCACCGCCACCCUCCAGGACCUGGCAGAUUUCCACCUUGACAAGUCUUUCACUGCAGAGACUCGUAGAUACAGAAGAGCCCUUGACAUGACUUCUGUCAACAUUACCGAUACUGCACUCUAUUCCUUCAACUACUUCAACCCAAGUGAGUUUAAUGCCGGGUCUCUGGAAGGGGUUAGUGGCCAGUACUUGCUGACAACGCCAGAAAAGUAUUUCUGGGUUUUGGGAAAUCAAAGGAGUGGCUGGCAGUCUGUGAUAGAGAUGUCAAGGCCGGAUUACAAGAUAAAGUUGCUAGCCAAGUUCCAACUCGGUGAGAGUUUCGAGAAGAUGGAUAAGAUUGUGGCGGAAAUAACCUCUGGGUUGCUGUGGAUGGCCUUGGGGUGUACCUCGAGUAGUGUGGUGACCAUUGUGUGCAUGAACAUCAGUAACGGGCGCUAUAUUAUCACCCAAGAGAUCACUACAGAAGGGGGCUUAGGUGCUCUACACAUGUUCCAGGUCAAUGACAAGCUUCAUCUUGUUAUAGGAGAGCUGGCCAGCCAUGUUGAAGCUAGGUUGUAUGAACUCGUAGACAACUACUUUGACCAUAGAGAUGACGUACAGUUCCACGUCAAAGGUGUCCAGGACAUUAGUGGCUUUAGAGAUGAAGAAACCUUCUACUACAUAGUGUUCGGCAUGGAAUCGCCCGAUGGCGGGUUAGAAGUGUACCAGAUGGACCUGCAGGACGAGACUAUUACCUUGGCUCAAUUGCUCCCUGACGAUGGCUUGAAGAUUGUUCCGUUCCUUGACCCACACGAUGACAGAAAUUACGUCUUGAGCAUCGGCAAAAGUGCUCUUCCGAAGAUAUAUAAAUGGUCAAACCAACAACUUAGAGAAUGGCAGGCCCUGGAGCCGGGUCAUGGCUCCUGCUGCUCUGCUGGCGUCUUGACGUUAGACAACUUGGAGAACUUGAUAUUCAUCGGUCAAGGGGGCAAAAUUCGAUUCUACUCUGAUGACAUGACUGGCCAUUACUACCCAUCUUUCGUCGUCGACACUGACUGCAGCACAAUAAGUGAGCUCCAGGGCAUGACACUAAUGCACGACUACAUAGUUUCCUACAUAUGUAUCGGGGUUGAUGGCACCUCCAAGCUGCAGGCCAGGAUCCUCUCGCUCAAGCACGUGAAACUUGCAGAGUUGUUGACCACUGCAGAUGACCUUCUUCGCUGUUUGGAUGAAGUAGAUACUCUUCUGGAGACUAGGCAGGCUAACAUAACAUUACUUCAAGAGCUGAUGUCGUCAGGUUCCCUUAAGACUGUUGACGGUGCACAGAACUGGACUGGGCUGGUGACCUUCAGUAAGGGGCUCACUGUGAUGGGCACCACUACAUUCACCAGCAAAGUUGACGUAAAUCCCUCUGGAAGCAUCGUUCCUACUGGACAAUUGGCACAACUCUUCUCAGACGUAGAACAAAUAAAGACUUCGAUGCUAGAGCUGACCCAGGAAAUAGGGAAGGUGUUGUAUCACUCUGGUGAUCAAACCAUCAUUGGUCCCAUCACUGCCUCGACCAUGACAUUUGAUAAGAUGGCAAUAGACACUCUACAAACUCGAAAGGUUAAUGGCGUAACAUUGACUGACUUUGGCAAAGUGUUCAUGAUAAAUGGCCUUGAUCAGACCAUAAGUAUGAGCUUUAAUAUGGGUCUUCUGACGGUAGACUCCUUCACCACUCGUGGGCGUACUCUUCUAGGAACCAUAAAUGGCAUUAGAACAGAUGAGUACAUGCGACUGAGCCUGGCUACCCAGAGUGUCACUGGAGACCACAGGUAUGCCUCUAUAAUAUCUGGCGACAUCACCGCGAGGGAGGGCGGGAGCAACACGCUCCUUAUCAAUGGCAUCAACUCUACCACCAUCGUUACCAAAGGCGCUAGUCUCGCUUUCCACGACCCUAAAAUAUUUGAUAAUCUGAUUGUUCAAGGGCCUAUUAACGCUGGCCUUGUAAAUGAUGUGGACUUGACAGGCUUGGAGAACAGAGUUGUGUACACAAAUAUUAAAAGUGAGCAGACUGUGAGAGGAGUAUAUUCUGUAGCGUCUAUGCAAGUGGAUGGUAAUGUUGAUGUUGGUACGGUCAAUGGCCUCAACUUGAGGGAGCUGGAUGCUGCUGUUGUUAAAACUACGGGAGACUUUACUUUACAAGGUGCUGUGACCUACUCUGAGAGUUUGAGUGUGACGGGCGACGUCUCGGUUCCCAUUAUAAAUGGCAUAAAGUGGGGCGACAUCUUGGACCUGGAUUCCCCGAACCUUGUCUCUUCCAACUAUUACUUCGCGAAUGCUGUAGUCACUGAUGCCAUCAGAAGCAAUAACAUAAAUGGCCUGGACUUGAGCCAAGAUGCAGUCCUAGUGGACACCCAACAAACUAUUACUGGUGGCAUCACCUUCAUGGGGGACGUGAAGGUGACUGGUGCCGCAGGUGUGGUGAUCGACCAGGGCGCCACUGUUAAUGGUGUCGACCCACAUCAGCUGAACACCACCAUAGACGCCCUCACCCACGUUGUCAUUAACCAAGAGGUUCACUUGACGGCGCCGUUAAAAUGUUCAGGCGACGUGGUGGCGCAUAGCAUCAAUGGUCUCUUGCUGGAGGGCCUGGGAGACCGCUACUGGAGGCGGGCCAAGGAUCAGAACGUCAGUGUUGGACUCUACGUUCGUCAAGCAGAAUUUCGUGGGCCGGUGACUGGCCUGAGUAUUAAUAAUAGAAAAAUGUCCGACUAUCUCCAUACGUCAGGUUCUCGGUACAUUACUGGACAAUAUGUCUUCAAGGGGCCAGUAAUGGUGGAGGGGGCGCUGGAGACGAGACCUGAUGCCACUGUAGACGGUCUCCACUUGUCAGAACUAGAAGCCAAUGCUGUGCGGGUGCAUGGUGAUCAGAUUAUUACUGGGAUUACUAACUUUAAUGGCAGACUUACGGUUGGCGAUGUGUUGCUGAGCGGCCUCUUGAAUGACCUCAAUGUGUCUUCAGAUAUAAUGAUGCUGGAUCGAUCACUUCCGCAUACUGGUAAUCUGGUGUUCAAUAACACUAUUGUAGCGACGACUAUAACGCUCUCCGGCAACUUGAUGACCGAUACCAUUAAUGGUCUGGAUGUGAAAACAGCAGCGUCGCAACUAGUCCUGGUCGACCAGGAGACUACCAUCAAAGGAGAUCUUCAGUUCACAGGGGCGGUCAAUGUAUAUUCUCUGGUUGCUGCCAACGUGGAUGACGUCAACCUAAGUGACCUGGCUAAGCGCUCGUUGAAGAAGUCUUCGUCAGUAACGCAGAUGGUGACUGGCCGCAUUAAAGUUCGCAAUGUUCACUUCAGCCAGGAGCCAUCACUUGGCCUAGUUAACAUGAAGGACUGGACAACGCAUCUCUCUAACGUGGUGCCCCAUAACUACAAUGGUAGUGUUACAGGGGUGAAGGUUUUCCUUAAACCACUGGACAUAAAGGGGAACUUUGACCUUGUGACCAUCAACGGCCUGAGGAUUAAUGACCUCGCAGCUCUCAUUCUUACCAAAUCCACCGUGCAGACCAUUGCCGCGCAUUAUACCUUCAGCACGAGCAUCAAUGCCACUGGUGUAAUGGCAAACAUCAUAGAUGGUAUUUCUGCGAGUGAUCUUGUUCUGAUAGAUACGGUUAGUCAGGUGGGUGGCAGUGUGACCUUCGGGGAGGAGGUGACCUUCCUUGGAGGAUUGAAUAGUACAACAGGAACGUUAGAUGGCUGUGAUAUUCUAAAGGCAAAUGCGUAUGCUAUUUGGAAGGUAGAAAAUGGGAGCUUCAACCUGCCCUUCCCCGCGACGAUUGGUUCGCUAUAUAUAACAGGCAGCGCUACCUCGAGCGGAACCGUUAUUGCUGCCCCGCUAAAUAUGGACGUCACUCACUUCCUCAGUACACUAGUCUCUACAUCUUCAAACCAGGAAAUUACCGGUCCGGUUGAGUUCUUGCGCGACAUAGAAAUAGGUAACCUGGGUGUUGUGACCAUUGAUGGCGUUGACGUUGAUGAACUCUUCAGUGUGUCGGUUCUGAACAACGUAGACGCGGUAAUAAGUUGCAAAUUAGACUUCAGGAAGCCGGUAUCAGUAAGUCACCUGAAGGUGACUGAAACGCUGUCUGGUAUUGGUGACGGUGGAGGCGUGCUAGUUAAUGGCAUUAAUGUAGCGGCUACGGCUGCUAGAGUGGUUCUGGCUACUGGGGGAACCUUCGUGGUCACGGGCCGCAAAACCUUCGCCAGAGGCUUGGUUACGAACCAUCUUAUUGUUACUGGCUCGUUGGGUGGCAUCAGUGUGAAGGACUUGGUGGUCAUCUCUGCAGGCGUAGUCCUCAAGAAUCUUGUAUUCACGUCGACUGUAAACAUCGGAGGCAACCUCUGGGUCUCUGGUUUAAUAGACGGUGUCGAUCUGACGCAAGUGUUGGCAAAUAGGACACCACUGGACCACAACCAGACCUUGAGCGGUACAUGGAGAUUUGAAGCAAUAAAGGUGGAAGGUGACUUGGAGGUGGCACAAAUUAAUGACGUGGCGGUGUCUGACCUGGUGGUGAAGCAUGGCAUGACCUCGCAAGAGGUGUACGGGGCCAAGAUUCUAACGGGUGGUCUAGUCGUCAAGGGAGACAUACAGACGGGUCUCGUUAAUGGUUUCGACAUUGAACGUCUUAAUUCAACUAUCGUGAGGAGAGACGAAGAUGUCACAAUAACAGGAGUUGUGGAGUUUGAGUACAUAGUAAGGGUUAUGAAGUCUCUAGUGGUGCUCAAGACGGUUAAUGCCUACGACUUGUCGACGCUAAGUUACAACUUGUCACCAUUAAAGAAAAUCAUUGAUCAACAGUUCCAGCGUAUAGAUAAACUUAGAUUGCUUUUAAGUUCAAUAGAAGUAGCAAGUCUUGUAAAAGAAAAAAGGCUGCAAUUGGGAUAUCUUGAGAAAAUUAAAUUCCAAAAUUUAAAGGAAUAUGGAAGAUUGUGGUUUGGGCUGGAUUACACUCUAGGACCGGAAAGUUAUAUAAGUAUAAAGAGCAGAAGCGGUCCUUGUAUUUGCUGUUCGCCUCUUACUUCAUUUUAUCAGGUAAAUGCCGGUGGAGUAGCGAGGAAUGCUACGCAAGUGAGGACUGGCUCGGUGUUCAUUCUCGGUCAUCCUUCCUUGUCGCUUCAGAUUACCCUAACCAGACAAUGCACAGAAGGCGUGCCGUCUACCAUAGCUGUUGAUGAUACAUCGCGUCAUCCCGUUAACCUCUUCACAACCACUGCUCAUCUGGGCCUGGUGACGGAUUCUGCCAUGUUUGUGGACAACGGUGUGGCAUACAUCGUGACUGUAACUGGGACUGAUAAAGAUUCAAAUGGCACCGCGGGGAAUGUUGUAACGGCUUCAAUGGUGGACUUGACUAAUAGGAGAGUAGUGGAGGUGUGGACGCGUCCCACACGGUACGCCGCCUCGGGUUUAGACUUGGAUCUGGUACAUGGAAACUGGUAUUUGCUAUUGGCAAAUUAUAUGGACACUGAUAACGUGGUAGACCCGUACACAGCAGCUUCGCAGCUCUACAUGUGGAACAAUACAGCAAAGAUGUUUCAGUUGAAGGGCGAGUACGUUGGUGACCUGGUAAGCUCUGGAAUAUUCGUAAAGAUUAAACUUCCUGUCGAAGUCUACUACUUUUCUCUUGCACAAUCAAAAGCCGCAGAUUAUCCAUUGUACGAUGAUAAUGUGAAAUACACCACCAAAGUAUUGAUCUUCAAAUACAACGAAGAGAUAGAGAACUUCGUAGAAUUUGAGUGUCUACCUGCGUACGGGGUUGUGGAUCAAACUACCCUUACAGUCGACCUUACUCUCUAUUUACUGCUGCUCUCUGAAAAAGGACUGCUGUCUGUAUAUGAAUAUCGCCAUCCAGAAGGUUUCAGGGUGUUCCAGACGUUGUCAAUUGAAAAUGGCUAUGCACUUGCUAUUAUGGAGAUGUCCGGUGGCACAUUUGUUGCAGUGUCGGUGUCGUCGCCACCCGGAGUGUUGCUCUUGAGGGUAAACAUUAAGGGCAUCAAGCCAUUCAAGUUACUGGAGUAGCCUCGCCACAAUCUGUUUGUUACUAUAUACUGUAAAGGGUUAAAUUAUG